UUUCCAAGGUGUCUAGGCAGCUGAUGUUGAUAGAGGCAGAAAAGGAAGAGAGCAGGAGAGAGGCGUUAAAAAACGGGAGAGAGGUACAGGUUCUGCAGGCCCGCCUGAAGGAUGCCAUCACCUGGGACGAACACUGUGGCAUCGCUGGGAAACUCAAACGACAACUGGAGCAGCAGGAGAGUAAGAAUAAGAGUGAGAUGGACGACUUUCUUAUCAGAUUGUCCAGUCUGCAAGAGGAGAAUAGGAGUCUGGCUGUGGACAAAGCCAAUCUGACUGCUGAUGUAAAGAGAAUGGAGGCAGAGCAGGAGCUCACCAAACAAGCUAACAG